AUGAAUUCAUUCGAUAGACGUUCCUGCACGGUGGCGGACGAAAGCCCAGAAGUCGGAGAGGAGGCGGGCAACGGCCGUCGUCUCCACGUUUUUCUGUCCUCGUUUUGGGCCAGCCUAGGAGUGGUCUUUGGCGGAGGCGGAUAUAACUAUGAAACCGAUAAUCAUCAACAACAAAUUGAAACAGAACAAGGGUUUGGUUCAGAGAUGGGCUCGAGGGCUGAUGUUGGUGUUCUUGAGGAAGCCAGAGUUGAAGGAGGAAAGCAGAAAAAUGCGAAAGCCGAAGGUAGAAAUAGGCGUGUUCUGAGAGACAUUGGGAACUUGGUAUCUGCACCAGCUGUUGAUGGAAAGCCCCAAAAUAUUACAAGGUUCUGUAAAUUCUACACGCAAAACUUCACACACGAUGACACGGUUUUGGAAGCCGAGAGCUUUGGCAUGCAGACAUUAGCCAAAGGAAAAGAAGAAGCAAAACCAUUGGAAAAAGAUUGUGCUGCAAAAGCCAAAGCUAGUAAGAAGGAACAUGUUCACAAACCAAAUAAACAAGAAUUGAUUGUCAUUAGCUCUGACGAAGAAGAAAGCUACGAAAGUGUUGGAAUAGCAAAGAAAACAUCAAAGAAACCCAACAAAACUCUCACUGGUAUCCUUACUGCUAGAGGCAGGAGAAAAUUUCCGAUCGUCGAUAUUGAUGCAGGCGACGUGGAUGAUGAAUUAGCUGCAGUAGAAUAUGUUGAAGAUAUGUAUAGGUUUUAUAAGCUAACUGAGGAGGAUUGCAGAGUUCAUGAUUACAUGGAUUCACAACCAGAAGUGAACUCUAAAAUGAGAGCCAUUCUCGUUGACUGGCUAAUUGAAGUCCACAAGAAAUUCAAACUAAUGCCCGAAAGCCUUUACCUAACAAUCAACAUACUCGACAGGUUUCUGUCAAUGAAAAUGGUUCCAAGGGAAGAACUUCAGCUGGUCGGCAUAAGCUCAAUGCUAAUUGCUUGCAAGUAUGAGGAGAUAUGGGCACCGGAGGUGAGUGACUUCAUAGCAAUAUCAGAUAAUGCUUAUACCAGACAACAAGUGCUUCUCAUGGAAAAAGCGAUUCUUGGGCAGUUGGAGUGGUAUCUAACAGUGCCUACUCCAUACGUCUUUCUCAUUCGAUACAUAAAAGCCUCUUCUCCAGAAGAUGAUGAGAUGGAACACAUGACGUUAUUCUUUGCCGAACUCGGAAUGGUGAACUACUCGACCAGCAUAGAGUACAAUUCUUCAAAGCUUUCUGCAUCUGCAGUGUAUGCUGCUCGUUGCACCCUGAAUCGAGCUCCCUUCUGGACUGAGACUCUCCAACACUAUACUGGCUAUUCUGAGAAUCAGCUUCUGGAAUGCGCGAAGCGGUUGGUGAGCCUCCACUCGAGCUUAACAGAAAGUGCACUUAAAGCUGUUAGGAGGAAAUACUCGAAUCCGGAGAGAUUGGCUGUUGCCAUGUUCCCUGCAGUAACUAUAAAUCUGCUGUCAGCUUGAGAUUAUUGAAUCUAGGUUACAUCUUAAUAUAUAGAGUAUUAGGUAUUAACAAGGUUUCAGUUUGAGAUCAUUUUGCUAUCAUGAUCUCUAUCUUAGUAUGUUUUUUAGAUUUAGGUAAUGAAGAUUGUUAGUGUGAUAUCAUUUUGUAUUUAUGAAACACAUGGCUUGUCUCAUGCUAUUUAUAUCAUAACUAAUCCACGUUUUGCCUGGUCAAUUCUAGUUAUGACCUAUGACAUAUUUAAUAAUGCAAUUGUUUUGCA